UUCAUGGCUGUUUUCUGUUUUCAUAAUAAUUUUUAUCAGCAUUUUUUUUUUCAAAAAAUGAAAAUAAAUUGCCUAAAGCUGAACUUUUUAUUGAAUUUUAAGCUUUAGAACUCGAAUGAAUUGAUUUAAAUCGUCUCAAACAUGGAAGAUAAACUAUGGGAUAUCCUUCCCAAGUUUUACGAGUACAAGAUAGACACCUUUGAAGGAGACGAAUCGAACAACUUCGACGCAACUUUUAAAGUCAAUUUAUUCAACGAAAUAUCAGUCAAGAAUUGGUUAAAACAAUUCGAACAGUGUUCCCUGACUAAUUUUCGCGUUGCUAGAACAGCUCCAGCGAAACGGACGCGUGUAUUAUUCAAGAAAUAUUACCGAUGCCAUCAUAAUACUCGAGCUAGUGAAUCAGCAUCCAAAACUAAAAAGGCACACGUUAAACACACCGGUUGUGAAGCUACUUUAUUAAUAACUGUGAAUAACUCGUGUAUGAAAAGUUGUAAACAACUCGAUGUGAAACGUUUCCCCUGUACCGUGAAAUACCAUAAUUACCAUAAUCAUCCGUUAUCUAGCGAGGAAUUGCUAUGUCAUCGUAAACCUAUCGAACGAAUCGAGAACAAAAUCCGAGAACUGUUGCUGAAAAACCACACACCGGUGUCCGCUUUGAAAAUACUUAAACAAGACCUUCAACAAGAAUUCAAAGACGAGUAUUCGAAAAUCGUCAAAGAUGGCGCAUUUUGCCCAAAAUUGCAGUGGAUUUACCACAAAUAUUAUUCCAUUUUCAAGGAAAUGUACACCGAUCCGUAUAAAAUAAAGUGCUUUCCGGCAGAAUUCAUAGAAGAGUACGAAGAAAGCGAUUCCGAAAACGACGAAAGUAGUCGAAAAAAGCGAUCUGUUUCAGCUGCGUCGCGUUCUCUGAACACAAAUUCCAGUACGGUUUCGGUGAAAAACGAAGAUGUUAUGUACGACGAGUUCAUUCUAUCACCCGAAGAUGAAUUAUUACUAGAAAAUCAUCUUGUCGAAGUUUAUACCAUAGAUCAGAAUGAUUCGGCUGAUUACGAGAGUGAAGAUGUCUUCAUUCCCGAAGAAAAUAUCGCUGAUAUGCCAUUAAUACGAGAUGAUAUGAGUCCUGAUGAUCGCAACGAAUUAUUUAUAGUCGACGAUGAGAUUUGCAGGCAGAGAAACGAUGAUUUAAUGAUCGAUGAAACGGUCGUAACCGUGAAUGAUGUACAUAAUGUUGUAACUAAUCAUCACGAGUCGAAAUUGUGGAGCAGUGCUGAUGGUCAUUUGAAAAUUGAAUUGCACGAUGAUUUUAGUGAUAUACUAAAAGAGGAUAUUUUUUUACCGUCGGUCAAAGAUGAAUUGGAAGAUGCUGAAAAACUAGUAGAUACUUGAUACUCACGAAUUUCUCGUCGCUGUGAAGUAAAAAAAGACGUCCUUUGUAUUCGCAUUUUGUGAAAGGAUUUCUCUUGUACAGUGAGCUUUCUUGGCUCGUUUGUGUAUUUGUUGUGAACAUUUUAUUUAUUUUUGUCGAGGGUCGAUGUUGUUACAUUUGCAUUCGUGCAAUUCAAUUAUUAUAUUAUGGUCGAUCCGUGUCAUAUCUGUUGAAAAAAUAAUCAAUAAAUCACGUUUUCAGUA